UCACGGAUAUAAGAUAAAACAGCGCCGUCCGGCAGAAAAGAGUCCGUUUGUAACUCAUAUUUUCAAGAGAAUGGCAGCAGUAUUAGAUACAGAAAGAUUAAAAUCUCGAAAAAUACCAUUAUGUAAAUUUAUGAAUGGAAAGGUUAAAGAAGACAAUGGGCACAAACUAAGUUGUAGAGUGCUUCAUCGCUCAAGUAACACAGACCUCAAAACUAAAGAUCAAAUGAUAAUGGUCUCUGAAUCACCAGAUAUGGCUUAUGUGGGGAAAAACUUUGGAAGAAAUCGAUGCCAUUCAAAUCAUACAAUGAAAUCAUAUGUUGGAGUGUAUGAUGAGAGCACAGGGAAGAUGAGAAUCUGUGAUGCUGAGUUGUUUCAUAUGAUGCCAUAUAUUCCAGGUAGAGAUGAUGAAGAUUUCACACUUCCUAAAGAACAGAACUAUGUAGAAAAGUUGGGAAUGUUAACAGAAGCAUUUGGAAGUAAAUGGAAAAAAUCGGCUUUGGAGAAAUCACAGAGAAACAGAGUAGAUGCAGCAACAAUGAAGGACCAUUUAGCUGCUGAUAUAGACCAUGGAAAGGAACAGGUUAAAAUUCAUCAGCAGCAGAAACAAGAGAAGCCCUCAGACACUGGUCUUGAUGUACUCCCACCAUGCAAUAAAACUGCAGAAAAUGUUGAAGAUGUCUACAAUCUGUCAGACAUACUAUCAGAUAUAGACAUGGGUUCUCUACAGUCUGCUGCUGCUGUGUUCUUUGACAGUACAUCAGAACAGUUAAACGAAUGGCGAGAAAAUCAAACAUAUCCAGGAUACAUCCUCAGCCAUGUUUCUGGAAUGCCUCUAGAUCCUGAACUUCGCUGGAAGAGAUCAAAGUGUCUUAUAUAUCUUCAUUACAUGAUACAUAUGUAUAAACUAACACCAAAACAACUCAAAGAAAAGGAUCCAUUCGUAAAGGACUGCCCUGGACUUAUAAAAAAGAAACUUAGGGAGAAUUUCACCAAGGAAGCAGUUAAAACCAGAUAUAUGCCAAGUCGUUUGAAGGACAGAUUGGCAGCAUACAUACUGACACUAUGUCUACUUAUAGACGAAUUUAAUUUAGAACUCGGUGAUAUCAUGAAAGAUAUGAAACUGGAAAGAAACAGACUGUUCGUGAUGAUGAAGUCACUGGGAUGUAAAAUUAACAAGAAAGUGAGGAAUGAGGAGGACAUUUAUAUAGCAAGGUUAAAACUGCCUCUAGAUUUCCCACAGAAACUAUUGUUUAAACAAAGUAGCUCAAAGAAAAGAUGAUCUGCAUUACGGUAUAUAGUCAUAACCUGACAAUGUGGCAGUGUGAAUAGUUGAAUGGUGGCAGAUUGUGUACAUACAUUAAAAUCAAAUUGUUAAUGGUAUGAGGGAACUGAUCUACAAGUGAAUAAUCAUAUCAUGAAAAUAAGAAAGAAGUAACAGAUAGCUUGCCAUAGUAAGAUUUCUUCUGAAGCUGAAAUGAUGGGUUUUUGUUACAGAAAAGUUUAACAUGAAAUAAAAUUGUGUUAAGGAAAAAAUA